AGAAAGCAGGCGUGUCUGUGCCCAUGCUCCUGGGAUCAGCUAUUUAAAGUACAGUCGCUUCACUCAGAGAAAACAUUUCCACUUUGCGUCGCGGGACCAGAGGUGACGGAACCGACACACGUUAGAACCUGAGAAUAAAGACCUGACGGAGCUACACGUUUACGCGUCAGAAAGCGACGCGCGUUGACCAACCGUGUGGACACAGACGCGCAGACGCGCGGACGGGAGAUUCAGACGCUUCACGUCUCUGAUCAUAUUCCAUACAUCUCAACCGCGACACAUCUUGCAGGCUGCCCCAGCGGUCUCUUGGAUCAUCGGCCAUGGGCGUCAAAGUGCUCCAGUGCUUCCCGUUCUACCGCCGCUGUAAAGAGCGCUGCAAGGGCCGCAAGUGCCCCCCAGAGGCAGGUGAGGCACCCGAUGAGGACAUGAAGCCCCGCCUCUGCUCCACCACGUCCAGUGGCAGCCAGGGCUCCGCCCCCGGCUCCGCCCACGGCCCCCAGGUGUACUUCUCCACCAAGGCCCGCCUCUCCUUCCGCCACCAGCUGGACAGCAACGUCAACGCCGUCGACGCCACCUACUGACCGCCGCCGGGAACUGCAGCUUCAGGAUUCCUUUUGAUUCUGGGAGGCGACCGCGGUGGAGACGGACAGAACCAUCGUCCAAUCACACGGGCUGACGGUGUCGUGUGUGUGUGUGUGUGGAGGCUUUAACUCGGUUUGGGGGGGAGGCCCGCCCCCCCAAAGUAUGAACUCUAUCAUGGAUAGAAGCGUCUUAACUCUGCUCUCUGGCCGUUGGACGUCGCACUGCGCUGGAUUCUCGAGCGAUUUAACAUCAGAGAGUACUGAACAUCACGAUAGGUCGUCCUGGCGAGAGAGAGAGAGCGAGGGCGAGAGCGAGGGAGAGAGCGAGCGAGAGCGAGAGCGAGAGCGAGGGCGAGAGCGAGGGAGAGAGCGAGAGCGAGGGAGAGAGCGAGAGCGAGGGAGAGAGAGAGAGCGAGGGAGAGAGAGAGAGAGAGAGCGAGAGCGAGGGAGAGAGCGAGGGAGAGAGCGAGAGCGAGGGAGAGAGCGAGAGCGAGGGAGAGAGAGAGAGGGCGAGAGCGAGGGAGAGAGCGAGAGCGAGGGAGAGAGCGAGAGCGAGGGAGAGAGCGAGAGCGAGGGAGAGAGCGAGAGCGAGGGAGAGAGAGCGAGGGAGAGAGCGAGAGCGAGGGAGAGCGCGAGGGAGAGAGCGAGAGAGAGAGAGAAGGCCUUCUCUGGCUCAUUUGAUGCUGAGCGGAGGCGGAGGGGUCUACCCUUCAGACGGGACCAGAGGGGCGAUGCGUCGCGGAGCCCAGACGGAGCUGAUCUUUGUUUACAGAGUUCUCGCCCACCAAGUGCUUUACUUCUUACUUCUUCAGAUUAUUUUACAUUCAAGUGCUUGAUUUUUUUGCCCCCCUCUUUUCUUUGUUGUUAUGCAAAACAGACUUGAUUAUGGAUAAAGAAAGUGUUCACCAGGUGACCAGAGCAGCAACACCGUGUAACAAAAUGAGCUCGUAAUGUUAAUACCACGAACCCCCCCCCCCCGAUAAAGCAGAGACCUCAUGGUAGGAACACCUCAGGUGAUGCUCGUUACACUAACGAGGCCUCUGCUCGUUACACUAACGAGGGCUCUGCUCGUUACACUAACGAGGCCUCUGCUCGUUACACUAACGAGGGCUCUGCUCGUUACACUAACGAGGGCUCUGCUCGUUACACUAACAAGGCCUCUGCUCGUUACACUAACGAGGGCUCUGCUCGUUACACUAACGAGGCCUCUACUCCUGGUGCAGGGCAGCAGCACUAGCCCUCAUGUUCGCUGGUACCCAACACGAUGAGGCCUGUGUGGGUCUGCUGGUCAUCACCAGACCAGACCCCAGGAGGGGGGGGGGGCUGAAGACACUCCACGGCCAUAUUACGAAGUUAUAGUUUAAGCUUUCUUUAUCAUUUAAAAAAGAACUGGCUUCGGCACAAUUCUGUAACUAACAACGUAUUUUGAUGAGUUUCUUCAUGAACUAACAUAAUUCCAUAUAAAGAAACUAUUCUAACAA